AUGAGCAGUAUCAAGGCGCGGCUGCACAAUGCGCGGUCCAAACUUCUGCGACGCAGCAGCGCGACAUCGACCCGUGCCAGUGCACGCUCGAUAACGUCGUCGGCAGGCAGCGAGCGGCAGCCACCACCGCCCAGCUCCCUGCGCAAAAGCGUCUCUCUUCAGAAGCUGCCUGAGGCGUCUAGCCCCGACGCUGCCGACGAGAGAACAGCUGAUCCACGAAUGGUAAGGUCGGAAGUGCUGGGAACGGCUUCCGAAAGUCAGGCCGACGACGUUCACGGGAGCACUGGCAGCUUGAACACCUCGAGAGAUCGACAUUCGACAUACACGGGCACUUCAGCCGCCAGCACCCACGCCCGCCAACCCUCAGCAGACGCUGACGACGUGCCCAUCGUCUGUCCAGAGGUGACGCUUGAAGCACCCACGCCCAUCAACCCCGUAGUGCAGCAGCCUGCCGAGCUCAACCGCGCGGAGCCAUCAUCGCUUUCUUCCGCACCGAGCGACCACAGCGACCUUCUCCUCGCCGCCAGCAGCAACGACACGUCCCAUACGCCAUCGCCCGCCCUCGUCCGCCGCCAGUCUGUCGUCAACAAGACCGAUGCGCAGAUAAUCAAGAAGCUGCUCGUCCCCGACAUCCCCCAGGCUGCCAUAGCUACUGGGCCGCCCACCGUCGCCGAUUAUUUUGGCGGAGCACCCGCCAACUUCAGCGCAGGCAUGCUGCACCGCAAGAUCUGGGUCAAGCGGCCCAGUGCCUCGGCCACGCUGGUGCAGAUUCGCGAAGACGACCUGGUUGACGAUGUCCGCGACAUGAUUCUCAAAAAGUACGCCAACUCGCUCGGCAGGAGCUUCGACUCGCCCGACGUGACGCUGCGCAUCGUGCCGCGCGAUGCUCAGCGGGCAGGAGAGCGCACCCUGGGCCCCGAGGAAGACAUGUGCCGCACCCUCGAUGCCUACUUCCCCGGCGGCCAGACCGUCCACGAGGCCCUUAUCAUCGACGUGCCGCAACGGCGGACCCCCAAGCCCUCACCACGCGUGCCCUUCUACUACGCCCACCACGAGGACGGGACCCAUGCCCAAACCGAGUACUUUCCGCCCAUGCCCGUCAUCGCCCCUUCUCCAAAUGCCUCGGGCCAGGAGCGCGAGGCCCGCAUCCCCCUACCCCAUGCGCCUCACUCGAUAGCUGUCCUCAACACUGGGCACCUGCCUACACUCCCUUCGCCCGGCGGCACCAGACGAGGGCCGCAUACUCACCGACCAAAGGUCUUUAGAACACACACGGCCUCCCCGACCACCCUCGGCGGCGGCAUUCCCUCUUCAGCGACAUCCGUUCGCCCUCAACAAGGCCGUCCACGCCACGACUCCUCUGCAUCCGAAGCCAAAAACUCUGCUGCCUCGAACAACCCGAUACCCACCCCACCCGCUUCUGCCGAGCCUCCAUCACACUCACAAACUCUCCAUGAAUCGACUCCACCCACCCCGCGUAUAUCCUCACCUCAACCGAACCCAAAGAAGAAGCGGAGAAAGCCACCGGUGGAGCCACCAAGUCUGCCAGCUGGCCUUCUGGAUGGUUCAGUCCCGCCUAUCAAUGUCCUGAUUGUAGAAGACAACAUCAUCAACUUGCGAGUUUUGGGUGCUUUCAUGCAGCGUUUGAAGGUUCGGUGGCAGCGUGCCAUGAACGGAAAAGAGGCAGUAACCAAAUGGAAGGCAGGUGGUUUCCAUUUGGUGCUUAUGGACAUUCAGCUGCCCGUCAUGAACGGUCUGGAGGCAACAAAGGAGAUCAGGCGGCUGGAGCGUGUCAACAGCAUCGGUGUCUUCAGCAGUGGCAGCAGCGAGGCCCCUAACAAUAGGCUUGGAUCAGAGGGCAAAGAGCAAAACGAGCUGGUCGAGGAUGAUCGUCUUGGUGACAAGGGCAUGUUCAAAAGCCCCGUCAUUAUUGUCGCACUCACAGCCAGUUCGCUGCAGAGCGACAGACAUGAGGCUCUGGCGGCUGGUUGUAACGAUUUCUUGACCAAGCCUGUCAACUUCGUCUGGCUCGAGCGCAAGGUCAAAGAAUGGGGUUGCAUGCAAGCCUUGAUUGACUUUGACGGAUGGCGCAAGUGGAAAGACUUUGCCGACAAGUCUGAGAACAACGACACCACAUCGAAGCUCUCCGGCGGCUAUUCGAGCAUUGCUCCGAACAAGAAGUCGAGCAGUAGCCUGAGCCCGACUACCGCCGCUAAUCCAGAAGCAAAUGGCGUGAAGAGAGAUGGAGAUGUAGAGAGAAAGAACAAACGCAAAAGUCUAAGCGUCAUACCACAGCAACCCAUACUACAAGAGGAGGCCGAGACACCGCCAGCUGAGGUUGACAGUGGAGACAACUGA